AAAAAGCUUCUCGUUGACGUUUUUUGGGGCGACGCUCCCUCUGCAAAAUGGAUAUGAAGCAGCACUCUCCACCCGCCAGAACGAGAAAAUCGCGUCUCUUCUCCAAAAACCGCAAUUUUAGGGAGAAUGGAAAAUCUCCCCGCUGAACUCUGCCUCAACAUCUUUGGAUUCUUGGAUCAUCAAAAUCUCGCCACCGCUCUCCGAGUGUGCAGGAAGUGGAAGAAAGCAGCUUCUGAUGAUGCCCUAUGGCUUCAGCUCUUCUUACUCAGAUGGGGAGCAGAUCUGGCAAACUUUUUCUCUCCUCACCAUUCCAAAUCAUGGCAGCAAGUUUAUGCGAUCCAACACCGAUGCGAUCGAUACGGCCUGGGAUUGAAGAUAAUAAAGGAAGGGGAUGACUGCUAUUUGAUUCAUCAGGGCGAGAUUCAGCGGCAUUUAGGGCAAUGGAAUGGAAAAAAGUCAAUCGAAGAUGAAGAAGCGUGCGUCUCUCAUAUAUCUGAUCGGAUACUUUUCUUCAUUGGUGAUUUAGAAGUUGCUUGCGCCGAGGCCAAUAAAGCUCGGGUGUGAGUUAUACAAAAAUUAUUCCUGACGGUCCGAUUCUGAUGACGAUCAGGAUAA